AUGGCGCCUCCUUCGCAAGAUCACAACCUGAACACUUCUCAGCCACAUCCAGGAAACAGUCUGGAAGUCAAGACAAUGGAGAGAGACAGGAACAUCCAGGAAGCGGCUCCUUCCGAAAACGUCCCCCCCUACAAGGCUGUUGCUGUUUAUCAGAAUUCCAUUCCCUUGGAGUCUCGUUCUCCUCACCCUUUCUAUCAUGUCGACCUUGAGAGCAACAACCACCCAGUCGAGACCAAUAACAACUCGACUGCCACCCGCCGCACCUUGACUGUCCGUGUUUUUGCCCCGCGCACAGAGACCGUUGAGGAAGAAGAAGAGAGAAAAAUGCGAGCUAUGGGUCUCAUGCUUGCAUUCCUCACGAUUUUGGGAAUAACUCUGGCGGUGGCCACCAUAGUUGGCAUGUAA